AUGGCAUCUCUCAGAGGUAAGGCGAGGAGCUAGCUCCACCAAUGUGCAUUGUUGGAGGGGCUUGUAUUGAGAAUUCCAUGCUUUUUGGGCAGAGAUCGGAACCCCGCGGGGAGAAGAGGCGGAUCAGGCAGUGCAGGAGGACCCGGAGAAGAUCGCCGUCGUCUACGGAAGGAGGACUGGCGAACCUCCGAAUGUCCAGACGUUAGCACAGUCAAUACAUUCUAUUUUGGGGGGCUUUUUACUUGAAUAGGUUUCCAUGUGUCCGGACACCUGGAUUCAUGAAGCUACCCUGCCUUAUCCUUGAUUCAAAAAACGUACAGGUGUUUAUCUAGGAAGGAAUCUCAUACUCGGGUGAGCCUCGCAUUGAGCAAGAGGAUCAGCUGGAACCGCGAUCUCUCUACAAGGUAUGGCGGAGAACAUCUCAGCAUCUAAUAUAGCCUAGUGAAUUGAGAAACUGGUUUUUAAUCCUCUCCUCUGCUUUUUUUUUCCUCACCAGGGGUAGAGAGAGCAUCGUCAUUGCACCUGGUGCGGAUUUCAGGCCUCCACCGAAGCCGAGGCGUGCGAAAGAGAAGAACUUGAAGCAGAUUCUAGUCAAGGUAGUUCCCUUCCGAGUAUGAAUAUUUUUUUGAAGGAGAUUUUUUUUAUUACUAUUCUUCUGGUUUUUCUACUGUUAUUUCUUUUUUUUCUUGUUCUAGAGGAGAUCGGGAAAGCAGGAUGCUCCAGAUUUCCGGAAGGAGCGGGCUUACUUCGACGAGGUUGAUGCUUUCGAGCUGGUGGAGGAAAGCCCGUCGCCAAAGCAGGUUGGCACUUGGGCCUUGGGCAUUGAAAAGAAUCAGAACAACUAUUCCGCGCAUGAUUUGCCUGCUAUCUUGGAAAGAUGGAGAAUAUCCAAGCUCGCAUACAGUUGCAGGCCAUCUGGACCUUUGUUUAAAAUCAUUGAAACUCCAGUACUGCCACCAGGAUCCAGUUGCAGUGAGGUUUCUCGUACUUCUAUGGAGAAGCACCCAGAGAACACUCCUGAAUCCGGAGAGAACUUUAGGAGCAGCUUAGUCAGUUCUUUUGAUGAUCUCCGCAUUACAGAGGAUGAACCUGCGAAGUUAGACGGCGGAGGAGAGUCUACUGAUGAUCUGACGAUAGUUGGGAGGGAAUCAGAGGCUUCCCAGUCAUUGUCGCUGACUGGAGAAUGCAAGAGCUCAUUUGCCCAGUUGCUUAUGGUUUGCCGACAGUCAACUCCUUUGACACUGUCUGAAGUGAUUUCUCAGUACUGGUUAGUUUUAUUUAUCUCUCUCUCUCUCUCCCCCACUGAACCUCCCCUCUCUCUCCCUUGGUCUCAUAGAAAGCCACCAGCCAAGGAAAUUCGGAAAAUUUUGGCUCCUGGGACUCUUUACUUAAACCUGAAUUUCAAUUGACCGUUUAUUAACCAAUAGAAUCUGUAUCGUUAUACAUAUUUUAAUAUGCUCUGUCAGUUAUAUUCUUCAUCUAUGGUCUGCUGUUGAACUCCGUCUUAUCUACAAGCAGUGAUCAAGGAAGUUUAGUUAAGAUUGGCGAAGGCACGUAUGGGGAGGCCUUCAAGGCUGGUUCAGCUGUGUGCAAAAUUGUACCCAUUGAUGGCGAUCAACUGGUCAAUGGGGAAGUUCAGAAGGUACGAAGAUCACUGAGUCCAUGUUACACGAUGCCAUAACCAUUAAUUCUAACCAUUCACUACGUUUUCCCAGAGAUCAGAAGAAGUCAUUGAGGAAGUUCUACUGUCCCUGACUUUAAAUAGCUUAAGAGGGCAAGAUGACAAGGACCGUGAAAAUGCAUGUUCUAUUUUCAUUGAAACAAAAGAGUACGUUGAGUCUUCAUUUAAGCAUUGGAAGAUGCUAUUGGUUUACUUGUCCCAUCACUGUUAGCUGGGUAUAAAUUAUCCUAGCAGUUUCUUCGAAUACACUGUGUGAAAAUAAUGAGUUCAUUCCCAGUUUAUGAUGCCCUAUCUGACCGAUAUUUCAUUUGACUUCUAGCUUACGUGUAUGCCAAGGUGCCUAUGGUUCUGCCCUGAUUAACGCAUGGGAGGACUGGGAUGCAAAGCAUGGAUCUGAGAACGAUCAUCCAAAGGAUUUUUCCGAGACACAGGUCCGUCAUUGUUGACGUUCUAUGUAUCCACCAAUCGUAGAUGCUCCAGCAUGCACAUCAAUGCAGCUUUCCUUUUCAUUAGAUUGAGACAUACGGAGUAAAAAAAAGUUAUAUUCUUUUUUUCAGCGUUACAUUGUGUUUGUUCUAGCCGAUGGGGGUAGAGACCUUGAAAGUUUUGUACUUUUCAAUUUCGAUGAAGCUCGGAGCCUACUUGUUCAGGUUGACUUUUGAUUUUCUUCAUUUUCUAGUUUUAUUGGUACAAGCAGCUGUGUUCUUUUAUCAUAAUUUUUCUUUUCGCGCCUUAACAGGUUGCCGCUGGCCUUGCUGUGGCAGAAAUUGCUUGUGAAUUCGAACACAGGGACCUUCAUUGGUAGUUUCUUCUUCUCUAAGUUAUUUGGCUAAGAUUUUUUCUACUUAUGGAUGGUGUUCUUUGGAUGCGCUUCCUUCCCUGUCAUUGACCAACGUGACUUCUGCAGGGGGAACAUACUCUUAGCUCGUAAGGAUGCUCAGAUGAUGGAUUUUACUAUCCGAGGAAAAAAAAUGAGUGUCAAGACACAUGGGCUUGCAGUAGCCAUUAUUGACUUUACUCUGUCCCGUAUCAACACAGGUGAGGCCUUCCCGUCAUUUAUUCCCUCUAUGGAAGUAAUUCAUGGCUUUUGUCCCUCGACCAGUAAAAAAAUUCAACUUGUCGAAUGUCUCCCAUGCAUGCAUACGUUAUCUGCUAUUUUCUCUGCCCCGAGCGAUGCCAGAAUUGGCCAAUCAGGAAUCGAAAUACUAAUCUGAAUAUUUCCCUCUGUUCCUCUUCCAUAUCUGAAGUGAAAGAACUUCUGAGAAACUACAUUAUCGGGGAUCGAGAAUGGACACGGUCCAUAAAUAUCAUUGAGUAACUGGUUAAGUGGGUAAUUGAAAGGGAAUAUUAUCGACGAUAAUGUUUCAGCAAAGGAGGAAAAGCCAUAGGAUCCCGAGGCUGUGACUCUAACUGUCAUUCAUUAUCUGUAACCGAGGAAGCAUGUUUUCCCAUCAAAUGGGAUCGAAUGCGGCAUCUUUUCUCAUGUAGAGUUCCCUAGUUCUGUCGUUCAAGAUCUAUAUCCAUACUGGAUAAUCUGAAUUCUGGGUUUCGAUUUUAAUAGUGUGGAGCCAACAGCCUGCCUUACCACUUUUGCAGGGGAAGCCAUACUUUUUCUUGAUUUAUCCGCCGACCCAGGACUGUUCGAGGGCCCUAGAGGAGAUAGACAGGUAUUUUCGAAGCAAAGCAUAAGUUUUUUUAUCCGAGAAUUCUUUUCAUCAAUAUCUGGACAUCACAGUUCUUGCUCUCUUCAGUCAGAAACAUACAGGACGAUGAGGGAAGUGACCGAAGAUUCCUGGGAAGGAAGGUGAUAUUCCUCUGCCACAUUGUUCUUGAUCUAACCCCAAGAAUUAUCAAGUAUUUCUAGCAAUGUUCUAAACGGAAAUUUUCUCUCUCUAUUUCACGGCAUUGCCAUCGGCGGACUGGCAGUUUCCCCAAGACGAACGUUCUAUGGCUGCAGUACUUGGUAGAUAUACUGCUCCUGAAGAAGGCUUUCGUAAGCACCCACUGACCAACCUCCUUCCUCAACGUUUCCUCCUCAAUACUUGAAAGAAAAAGAAGGGGAAAAUAGCCCUCAAGAACCUGUUCUUGUGCUCCAGAGGCGAACGGCCAAGGAUGAGAGAGAACUUCGCUCCUUCAAGAAGCGCCUGAGCUCUUACGAUUCCGCCGAGAGCUCACUCUCAGAUGACUUCUUCGGGGAUCUGCUCGCCGGCCAUCAAUGCUAAAGAGAAUGGUGCAGAUCGUCUUCCUUCUGAAGAGAAAGCUUCUAUUUCUGGGCUACUGGAUCAUUUGAUGCGGCUGCUUUCUUCUUUCUUUUGCAGGCCCAGCAGCUGCCCAUGGGGUGAAGCCUCUCUCCAAUGGUUGCUAAUUAUGGGGGUCUGAGAGAUUCCAGGUACGAGGAACUCACUCCAAUCCCCCAUGGUUUUCCUGUCUCAGAUGGUUGAUGUUGUGAUGAUUAGUGGUGGGACUGAGCUGAUGGAGGGCAGGUUUUCUUGGCUUGGUUGGACUUUGAAGAAUCAAACCUAGAAAGAAAUUUGGCCUGGACUGACCACCAAUCCCAGAAGGCAUGCUUUCUUUGGUUGGUCGGGGAUUAAUAUUCAAACCUAGAGAGGGAGAGAGAGCCCAGAUGUCAGGUUUUCCAGGAUCAAACCUAGAGAGAGAAACAGGCUAUUGCUCAAUCAGUUGGCUCAGAAGGCAGGUUUCCUUGGGUUGGUUUAGGCUUAAGAAUCAAAGCUAGAGAGAGAAAUAGGCCGGUGGCCCUGCCCACUGCUUAUUUCAGUUGGGAGGGGGGGUCCAGGCCCAGUUUUUCUCUCUCUAGACAUCAAGAUGGGUUCAUCUAGGAGCCUCUCCAUUUCUCAUAUAGAUUGACCCAGUUCUCAUGCGGGUCGGUUGACUGGGUAUAAUUCCAAUGCAGCCAUUUUGUUAUCUGUGGGAUGGAAAUCAAGGUGGUGCCCCAUUAGUUGAUGUGGUGGCAUUCAUGUAAAUCUACCCUAAAUAUUUAACAUUUUUAAUAUUUUUAAUAUUAUAUUUUUUCUUUUGGUUACCAAGAGAGAAUUUUGGUCUCCUUGGCUCCUCUGAGAAGGCCUCGGAUGCAAAUAAUUUCUUAGUGGCAGCAAAUACUCAACUUUCAUGUUUAACAAGGUGUUUAUGA